AUUAAUUAAAUUUACAAGUUAUUUUCAAAAAUGUAGAAUCUUCAUACAGUUUAAAGCGAGCCUGAUGAAGCAAAUAACGCUUAAAUGCUAAGUGAACAUUAAGAAAAACUCAUUUAGGAAAAGGAAGAUAUUAUUUUUUCUUUUAGGAAAGAGUAUCUUGUUGAUAACAAUGAUUAGUAUUAGAUUGGCAUAGCAUCUAAAAUCUAUUAAGAUGGAUCUAAAUAUGAGGGACUUAUAAAGGAUAAUAAAAGAAAUGGUAAAGGAAUAUUUUACUACUCAAAUGGUGAUGUCUAUGCUGGUUGUUGGUAGAAUGAUAAAUUUCAUGGUAGAGGAUUUUACAUAUUUCAAAACGGAGAGAGAUAUGAAGGUGAUUUACUCAAUGGUUUAAAGCAUGGAAGUGGGAAAUAUAUAUACUUAAAUAUGAACAUUUUUGAAGGAAUGUGGAUUAAAGAUAAAAAACAUGGAAAAGGAAUGAUAAAUUAUCAACUUACAGGAGAGUCUUACGAUGGAGAAUGGAAGAAUAAUGAAAGAUCAGGAAAUGGAACCUAUAAAUAUUCCACUGGAGAUACAUUUUCAGGGGAAUGGGUUAAGGGUAAAAAAGAAGGAUUUGGAGAAAUGCUAUACGCUAACGGCUCUAAAUACACUGGAGAGUGGCAAAGAGAUAAAAUAAAUGGCAAAGGAGUAAUGCUUUACGGCUCUAAUGAAAAAUAUGAUGGAGAAUGGUUUAAUGGAAAUAAACAUGGAUAAGGUGUGUAUACUUUUAGUGACGGAGGUAGGUAUGUAGGAACCUUUUCUAAUGGUCUCCCUGAUGGAAAAGGAGUCAGAGUAUUUUUUAAUAAUGAUAGAUAUGAAGGUGAGUAUAGAGAAGGAAAAUAAAAUGGAAACGGAAUACUCUACUAUGAAAAUGGUGAUACAUAUAAUGGAAAUUGGGUUAAAGACAGCCAAGAAGGUUAAGGAAAAAUGAAUUAUUCAAAUGGAGAUUUUUAUGAAGGAUAGUGGGUAAAUAAUAAAAGAGAAGGGAAAGGAAAGUACUAUUACUAUUCAUCCUAAGAAACAUAUGAAGGAGAUUGGGUGGAUAAUAUAAGAUAAGGUUAUGGGAUAUAUACAUGGAGCAAUGGCGAUAAAUAUAAAGGAGAGUGGAGAAAUAAUUAAAUGAAUGGGAAUGGAGAAGUAAUAUUUUCAUAAGAAUAAAAAGUAGAAAAAGGAGUAUUCUAAAAUGGAUUGCUUGUAUGA